AUGCGUGUCUCGUAUGCGAAGACUAGUGGUCCGAAAAUCUUCUACCGGCACGCUGCCCCAACUGGUACCGCUAAAGGAACGAUCCUUCUCCUCCACGGAUUCCCGUCCUCCUCUCACCAAUUCCGCAAUUUGAUACCUCUACUAGCCAAUCAGGGCUACAGAGUCAUUGCACCAGACCUGCCGGGAUAUGGGUUCACUGUCGUCCCAGACGGCUAUGUUUACAACUUCGUUAACCUCGCCACGGCGAUCGAUGACUUUGUACACACUCUAGAGCUGGAGAAGUUCGCCAUCUAUAUCUUUGACUACGGUGCACCAACUGGCUUGCGCCUGGCUCUGAAGCACCCUGACAAGGUUGCUGCUAUUGUUAGUCAGAACGGGAACGCCUACGUCGAAGGGUUUGGAGAGGAGUUCUGGGCCCCAAUCAGGAAGUACUGGGACUCGGGAUCUACAGAGGAUCGCGAUGCACUCAGGCCUGCUUUGGAGUUAGAUUUGGUCAAAUGGCAGUACACCAAUGGAGCUCAACAUCCAGAUCGGAUCGAGCCUGAGAGCUACCAUCUUGACCAUGCCCUCAUGCAAAGGAAGGGAAACAAAGAUGUGCAGCUGGACCUGCUUUACGACUACCGCAACAACAUCGGCUUGUACCCCUCAUUCCAGGAAUACUUCCGCAAAUCUAAGGUUCCCGUCCUGGCGAUAUGGGGAAAGCAUGAUGCGAUUUUUGUGUCACCAGGAGCAGAGGCAUUCAAGAAAGACGUGGAGAAUUUUGAGUUGCAGUGGCUAGACGCAGGUCAUUUCGCUAUUGAGACGAAUGAGGAAACAGUUGCCACGUCUAUGGGGAAAUUCUUCGAGAAGUUUAGGGUGUUCGGGUGA